AUGUUGACACAAUAUGGGUGCACCUGGCCGCAGGCAGAUGAUGCCCCAGAAGCCUACCGCUUAGCGGCCCAGGCGGCGAAAGUGGCACCCAGAGAUGUGGCAGCACAGCUUUGCUUGGGGCGUGCGAGCUUGAAAUUGGGGAGGGCUGAUGAAGCAUCGCGAGCAUUCGAACAGGCUGCUGUGCUCCAGCCAACUGCCCUUGACGUGCCAUCAAUGAUUGCCUUGGCAUCUUUGUACCGAAAGACUGGAAGAGAGCAGGAAGCGAUCAAAUUCUACAAGCGCGUUUUGGAUCUUCGUCCCGGCGACUACGAAUGCACCUUGAGCUUAGCUCAGCUGCAUGCAGAGAGAGGGCCCGGUGGCGCUAGUCAGGCGGUGCACUACUUUCGAACAGCGUUGCAGUGCCGACCAACCACUGUGGAUUCUCGAAGCAUUUACUUGCAGAUGGCCGCAGUGCAAUGUGCAAUCAGCGCUUGGAAGGAUGCUCAACAAACUCUCGAGGGUGCUGUACACGAGCUUCCAGAAGAUGCAGAGAUGUGGCAGAAGCUCCUCAGCAUUUGCGAGCAGCUGAAAGAUCCCAAAGGGCAGCAUCAAUGCCAUCGGCGCUUGAUGCAGCUCCGUGCUACGACACCUGCAACUCAGACGAUGUAUGCUUCUCUACUGUUGUCUGAAGAUCGUCCUCGUGAAGCCAAAGAGCUGCUGAAGGAGGUACUAAAGGAAGACACCAAGAACGCGCCUGCGCUCCUGAAGUUGGCUCAAUGUCACCGACAGGAUGGCUCGCGUGAUGGGAACCUGGAAGAAGCUCAGCGACUCUACGAGCAGGUGCUGCAGGUCAGUCCAAACAACCUGGAGGCACUGGAAGGAGCUGCUUAUUGCAAUAGGAAGAGCAACAACCAUGAUCAGGCAGUGCAGCUCUACCAGCAGUGCUUGAAGGUGAAUGCAUCUGCAGAAGGACCUUUGUACUAUUUAGGAGACAUCCUGUACCGCCAACACCGGCAUGCAGAAAGUCAAUUCUACCUUCAAAGGCUGGUUGAGACGAACUGUGGACCGGAGUACAAGACAGGAGCCUUGUAUUUGCUCGCAAAGUCCCACAUCUCCUUGGACCAGUACGAAGAGGCGGAGAAGCAAGCCCGAAGCGGUUUGGCCCUGAAGUCGAACCAUCCCCACUUCCUCUUCAUUCUGGCCCUGGUGAAAAAUCGCAUGGGUGACUUCGACGCAUCCAUCGCAACAUUGAAACGGGCUUUCCAUCACUUGGGUCCUGAUAGCGAGAACUUGAAAGUGGAGAUCCAUGAUUGGUUGGCGCAGGCCUACGAGCGAAAAGGUGAAUACACCAACGCGACAGCCGAGCUUUCUAUGGCCCUGAAGCAGGACCCGUCGCAUGCCUCAUCCCUGAUUACGCAAGGUGUCAUUCACAUGCAGGAGAAGAACUUGGACGAGGCAGAGACAUUCUUCAGAAGAGCGCUAGCAAUAAUGAAGAACCAUGCGUUGGCUUUGGUACGACUUGGCUACUGCAAAUUGCUGUCCGGGGAUCACCAAGAGGCCAUCAUGUACUUCCAGCGUGCUCUUCAGCAGCGGGUUGGCACUGUAGCUCUUCCUCGUUCUGUCAAGGGUUGUGCGCGGAUCUACAUGGCACUAGCUUUGAUGGGCAAACAGGACAUGGAUGCUGCCUUGCACCAACUUGGAGAAGCCCGAAAAAGCCACAGGAACUUCGAGCAACUCUGUGCCUUUGGCAAGGACAGUAUUGUGAAAGGCGAAUGUGAUGGUCUGGUGCACAAGCUGAAGGCUAUUCCGGACUUGGACAUCACCUUGGCACAGGCCUGGCAGCUUGUUGAGCUCAUGGCCAAGGAGCUGGAGUUGGGCCUUCGGGAUCAAGGUGCCGGAAUUGUUUCAGGCAAAACACCGAGUACCACUGCAGGCACUGAAGCAAACAGCGAGUUCGCCCAGUCCGCAGUAGGAAAUGGCCAGGACCGAAGGGCUUGGGUGGCUGCACCGGCUCCUACACCGGCUCCAGCACCGGCUCCUACACCGGCUGCACCGGAAAGACGGCAAUGGAUGUCUCCACCUGCCUCUUCGCCGCCAGUGGCGAAGGCAGAGAAGCCGGAUGAAGGCCAGCAGCUCUUGCUCCACAAGCACGAAAUGAUUGACUUCAGCCAGCUCAUCCAAAAGGAUUGCCUUGGCUCGGGCGGAUUUGGAGCAGUUUACCGCGGUUAUUUGAGCAGUAGAGAGGUUGCCAUCAAGAAGCUCUUCUGCGAAGAUGGAGGCAAUAUCUCUCCUCUGCUUCUUGAAGAACUGCGGAAAGAAGUUGCUGCUCUUCGCACCAUGGCACUCUUGGAGUUGGUGGGAGACAACGACCUGCCCGGAAUUGAUCGCUAUUUGCAGAAAGUCCACAAGGAAAGGGGAAAGGAGGCGCUUCUGAACGAGAUCACAACUUGCGAACAUGAGGGACGAAACGCAAAGUCGGCCAUCCAUCGUGCAGCGAUGCGCGGAAGGGCACAGAUUAUCGAGCGCUUCGUGCAGGAAGGAGUUAGCGUUGAUGUACUUGAUGAUCAAGGCAACACUCCUUUGCAUUUGGCCUCAGAUCUGGGCCGGGCGCGAGCAGCGAAGUGCCUCUUGGAGGCUGGAGCAUCGGCUGAGAUCAGGAAUUGCUUUGGAAGAAAUGCCAAGGACAUGUCCAGAGAGAACGCUUGGGAUGCCGGGGACAUUGCUGAGGGCAAGGCAUACAUCCGCAGGAUGCUGUCGGGAAAGGCGAUAGAAAUGGAGAAGCUCCCUCCUGAACCACCGGCCAGUAUGGAGGCUUAUCCAAGAAGAGUUCCAGCUGCUCCAAAGCUCCCUGAAGAGCCUGAGAUAGUAGUUGAGGAUCUUGACCAGGAGGUUGCAGCCGAGAUUCCACCAGCACCGAAAGAAGAGCAUGCAGCUGAACGAGCUGAAGAGGAGCAGGUGAGCUACGACAACAUGACGGACUUUGACUUUGCCACACAGGUGGAUUUGAAAGCCUUGGUCCGAAGGUCUGAUGAGGCAGCCGUGAAGCGCUGGCUGCGCUGUGUGAGUGCCAAAUCUGUUCGCGAACACUUGUGGCCACAUUUGCCACAUCAGGCAGGUCUCACUGCCAUGAUCGGAAGCGGUGAAGAUGGAGAUGCGGGACAAGACACGCGUAUUGCUUUGUCCAUCUUGCACAUUGCAGCCCUACGUGGGAAUACGAACAUCAUGAGGAUGCUGCUGGAGACAGGAAUCAAUCCAAACGUGACAAAUGAUCAAGGUAGUACACCUCUUCAUUUUGCCGUUGACGUUGAUCGCCCAGAGUCUGCGCAGAUUCUCUUGAAGUUCAAAGCAAAUCCGUAUUUGCGGAACAACUUUGGUCGAACCCCCUACGAGAUGCGAGAUGGAAGGGGGCAGCAUGUGGUGCCCCACCACACUGACAGGAUGGUCACUAUCAUCUACCGUUCCAGCAUGGACAGCAGCAACAAGGACUGCAGUGUUUGCCAAGAAGAAUUUCGAGAAGGCGAAGCACUUUGCGUCCUACCCUGCCUUCACAAGUUCCAUGCCUUUUGCAUUGACGAAUGGCUCUCCAGAAGCUCUUCGAGGUUCAUGGCUGGAGGUUCUUUGCAUCAUUUGCUUCACAAGGCAAGGACUCCAUUGACCUUGGCAACGCAAUCCAAGAUGGCCCUCCAGGUUUGCGAAGGGGUCGACUUCUUGCACGGUCGUUCUCCCCCAGUCGUGCACCGUGACUUGAAAUCGCUUAACAUCGUCCUGGACCGCAUUUACAAUGCCAAGAUUUGUGACUUCGGCUUGACACAGUCAAUGGAGAAGACACACAUCACUCUCAAAGAGGGUGGAAAUGGAGGCUCACCUCGCUACAUGGCGCCAGAGUGUUAUGACUGCAAAGGUCAAAUCACUGAGAAGGUGGACGUGUGGGCUCUUGGCUGCAUUCUUGUGGAAUGCUUCGGGGGACCACUGCCAUAUGAUGACUGCCAGAACAUCCAGCAGAUUGUCGCAAAGGUUCUUAUCGACAAGCAGCUGCCAUACAUUCCCAAUCAUCUUCCUUCUGGUAUGCGCCCUAUCGUGGAGGAUUGCUUUCAGUUUGACACCAGGCAAAGGGCAUCCUCUCAAAAUGUCUAUGCCAGGAUGCAACGCCUGGGACUUCCAUCAGGGUAG